AUGUCCUUGGUGUUGGAGAUUACAUGCACGAAUUUGAAGGUGGGCAACCUGGGGUCUAAGAAGCCCGACCUACUAGGAGUUGAGUACCAGCAUAGUAGAACACGACCGCAACUACCGCCGCAAUAUGAAUUGAAUGACCAUGCGUUGGCAAAGGAGGACCGUGAACGCAUUGUUUCUCUUUUCACUCCCGAGAUGCAAGCAUUGUCUGAUAGCUUCCAAAAGUAUUAUGGCACCUGGCUACAAUUACGGGACGAGCUAUGGUCGAAACUGUUGAUUCAGAAACUUAUUUACAAGGCAUUGUUUCAGAAACAGUAUUCGUCAAAACGCGUGUUUGUUGUUGACCAUGAUUUUUCGGAAAAAUUGAAAUUGGCAAUCUACGAGAUAUUCACUGAGUUGCGAGCCAAGUCUGUGAUUUUCUUGCCGUGGUCAGUGUUGGCCGUAUUGGGAGCAAACGUGCGCAAUGGAUUGGUGUUGAACUAUACGUUUGAGUCGUUGAAGAUACAGACUGUGGUUGAUUUGCGUGUUAUUGACUGUCGGGAGUAUGUUUCUAUUAAUUCAAUGACCAAGGGAGAUUCAACGCAGCAAGGAAAUUCUGAAAACUUGAAAGCAAUGGAAAAAUCUGAGGAGCUAGAUAAAGUGCAAGAGAUUAUUGACACUAUCAUACGACGGUCGCCCAUUGAUAUCCGCAAAGUUCUACGUGAGAAUGUGAUUGUUAUAGGAGAUGAGUCGAAUAAGCACCAUAAGAUUGACUUGACAAUGGAGAAGCACAGGUUUGAGACGCGACCGAGUGAUGGCUGCUGGAUAGCAUGUUCGCUAUAUUCUCAAAUUGGUAAAAAAUGGGUCGAAUACAAGCCAUGA